ACCGGCGUUCAAUCGUGAAGCGGAUUGACUGUUGCGGGCUCUGUAUGCUGCGCAUGAGCGUGCGUGUCGGGAUGAAACGAUCGUCUCUCGGAGUAGCGAUAUUGAAUUAAUACAGAUAUAUUCCCAGGGGGGUCGGCAGAUAGGACACCUAAGGGGAGCGUGCCCGAACUAGAGGAGUUUACGGCGAUACGGAGCGGAGGGAGACGCGGGAGUGUGACAGGGGGGGGAAGCGCGAGCGAAUCCAACUGACACAGCACGCAGCAAUGGCGGAGCACCACGCAGUCAGCGACGGCAAGCACAAAGCGUCCGCCAAUGCCGGGAGCUCGGCGCACGGGAACAGCCGACCCGGUACCGCGGGUGGAGGAGGGGGCAAAGGAGGCCUGUCCGGCGGACUGACUCAGCCGGCCGGGUGGCAGUCUUUGCUCUCGUUCAGCAUUCUCUUCCUGGCCUGCCUGGCAGGAUUCAGCUCCAGACUUUUCGCCGUGAUCCGGUUCGAGAGCAUCAUCCACGAGUUUGAUCCAUGGUUCAACUACAGAUCAACACAUCAUCUCACCACAAAUGGCUUCUACGAGUUCCUUAACUGGUUUGAUGAAAGGGCCUGGUAUCCCUUGGGCAGGAUUGUUGGUGGUACAGUAUACCCGGGCUUAAUGGUGACUGCAGGACUCAUUCACUACGUGCUCAACCUGCUCCACAUCACGGUCCAUAUCCGAGAUGUGUGUGUCUUUCUAGCGCCAGUGUUCAGCGGUCUGACUGCCAUCUCCACCUUUCUGCUGACACGGGAGCUGUGGAACCAGGGUGCAGGGCUGCUGGCAGCCUGCUUCAUUGCCAUUGUCCCUGGCUACAUCUCGCGCUCUGUUGCGGGUUCGUUCGACAAUGAAGGCAUCGCCAUCUUCGCCCUACAGUUCACCUACUACCUUUGGGUAAAAUCUGUAAAGACGGGCUCAGUAUUCUGGACCAUUGGCUGUUGUCUCUCUUACUUCUACAUGGUGUCCGCAUGGGGAGGAUACGUUUUCAUUAUCAACCUGAUUCCUCUGCAUGUGUUUGUGCUGCUGCUAAUGCAACGCUACAGCAGGAGAGUUUAUAUUGCCUACAGCACUUUCUACAUUGUGGGUCUUGUACUGUCGAUGCAAGUCCCCUUUGUCGGCUUCCAGCCAAUCAGGACCAGUGAGCACAUGGCUGCUGCUGGUGUGUUUGCACUUCUCCAAGCCUAUGCCUUCCUGCAGUACCUAAAGGACAGGCUGACCAGACAGGAGUUCCAGACACUUUUCUUCCUUGGAGUCUCCCUUGCUGCCGGCGUGGUCUUCCUCACAGUGAUCUAUCUCACCUACACAGGAUACAUUGCUCCGUGGAGCGGCCGUUUCUACUCUCUCUGGGACACUGGCUAUGCAAAGAUCCACAUCCCCAUCAUAGCGUCCGUGUCGGAGCACCAGCCGACGACGUGGGUCUCCUUCUUCUUCGACCUCCACAUCCUGGUCUGCACCUUCCCAGCAGGCCUGUGGUUCUGCGUCAAGAACAUCAAUGAUGAGCGAGUGUUUGUGGCCCUGUACGCCAUCAGCGCUGUCUACUUUGCCGGCGUCAUGGUGCGUCUGAUGCUGACAUUGACUCCGGUGGUGUGCAUGCUGUCGGCGGUGGCCUUCUCCAGUGUCUUUGAGCAUUACAUGGGAGACGAUACGAAGCGGGAGAAGCCCCCCGCUGAAGACAGCAGCGACGAGGACGACAAGAGGAAUUCUGGGAAUCUGUAUGACAAGGCUGGAAAAGUGCGCAAACAUGUGUCGGAGCAGGAGAAAGCCGAGGAGGGUCUGGGUCCAAACAUCAAGUCCAUAGUCACCAUGCUGAUGCUGAUGCUGCUCAUGAUGUUCGCCGUCCACUGCACCUGGGUCACGAGCAACGCCUACUCCAGCCCCAGCGUGGUCCUGGCCUCGUACAACCACGACGGGACACGUAACAUCCUGGAUGACUUCAGGGAGGCCUACUACUGGCUGAGGCAGAACACGGACGAGCAUGCGCGCGUCAUGUCCUGGUGGGACUACGGUUACCAGAUCGCCGGCAUGGCCAACAGGACCACGCUCGUAGAUAACAACACGUGGAACAACAGUCAUAUCGCACUGGUGGGGAAAGCCAUGUCUUCCAAUGAAAGUGCAGCCUACAAAAUCAUGAAGUCCCUGGACGUGGACUACGUGCUGAUCAUCUUCGGAGGCGUUAUCGGCUAUUCAGGUGACGACAUCAACAAGUUCCUGUGGAUGGUGAGGAUAGCGGAGGGAGAGCACCCCAAGGACAUUAGGGAGAGUGACUACUUCACCCCUCAGGGAGAGUUCAGAGUGGACAAGGCCGGGUCACCAACCCUGCUCAACUGCCUCAUGUACAAGAUGUCCUAUUAUCGCUUUGGUGAAAUGCAGCUGGACUUCCGGACGCCACCUGGAUUCGACCGCACCCGUAACGCAGAGAUCGGCAACAAGGACAUCAAGUUCAAGCACCUGGAGGAGGCGUUCACGUCUGAGCACUGGCUGGUCCGGAUCUACAAGGUGAAGAACCUGGACAACAGAGAGCCGCUGGACCACAAGCUGCGCAGUAUAGUGCCGAAGCAGAAGUACACGUCCAAAAAGACCGCCAAGAGGAAGCGAGGACACAUCAAGAACAAGCUCGCCAUGAGGAAAGGCAAGAAGUUACAAAAGAAAUAAUGAUGAUGGACUCUUCUAGGAAAACAAACAAAUGCGAAGAAACCUCUAACAACCAAUGAAGAAGAACACAGCGGCCGAUGAUCUGCCACUUGGUCUCAAGCGCUUCUCAUUAGAGCGCCCCCAUGUGUCCAGGAAGCUGAAGUGUUGCAUCUGGGAAGCUCCAGAAAUUUUGUCCGUUUUAUCCUGAGGACUUUUGUCUCGCUUUUUUUCCCUGUUUUUUUUGUUUGUUUUCUGAUUUUUUGUUAGUUGUUUUUUUACUUUGUACUUGAAUGUGUGGUAAGGCAUAGGGCUGCUCUACUUGAUUUGAUAUUGAAUACAUUUUGUGGUACGCUAAUUAACUGCUUAUCAGUACAGGGAUCGGGUGAAGGGGGUUAUGAACGAUAACUAGGAACAUUUGCACCAAAGACCCAUAGACCUUGCUUCAUGGCACAUGUGAACUCUACUGAGGGGAAGACAGGACUGAAAGCUGAGGACUUUGUUCCUGACACGUGUACAGAGGACAGUAUGCGGUAUGGAGGAACGUCCCAUCUCCACACAACCCAUCUGUAAUAUUAACCUUUUUACCAUUCUCAUCAUUUUUGGCUCUCUCUCUCCCUCAACCUUAUUUUUCAACAAAUUCUUUAGCAAACAAUUGGCCUGGUGUGUAAAUAUGUUAUGUAAAGAAAAUGUCUAAAAGGAUGGUAAUAUAUUGGAUUAUCGUGGUGAUUUUUAUAUAUGCAGUUUAUUGUUUUUCUCAUUUUUUGUGAUUGUUUGGGUUUUUUGUAUGACAGCAAAUAGAACAGUGAAUGCAAUAACUCCUGUACAGAGGGGCUUGAGAUUUUGUUGAAAGAAAGAAUGUGACUUUUUACAGAGUUCCCCCCUCCCACCAACCCACUUUUUCAUGAAUUGCGUAGAUUGUACAUUUCUGCUGCUAGGGUUUUAACGACGGACGCAAGCAACUGUGUGUAAAAAGUAGUGAUAAUAAAUUAGGCCUCCCUUCCUGCAGGGGGAGCUCUUUAGUUCAGCGAGCUAAGCAUAGUGCCUCAUCACUGGCCAUCAUCAACUCAUUGAUUUGUGACGGUCUACCUUGUUCAGCUCCUUGCGUAUCGCUGCAGCAGCUUGGGUGCAUUGACCAGCCUGAGGCUUCGGGAACUUGUAAUGCAACGUCUGAAUUAAGUGCGCUGCGAGGAGAAGCUGAAGCACAGGGAUUGAUACUGAAGUGAGUGAAGGUGUGAGGUCAGUGAAAGGUCAGAACUUCCAUUUCUACCUGUCGCUAUGGUGGAACUUGGGUUCACGCUGGUAUCGAGUGUGUUGUCUGAAUGAAUCAGUGACGUACCUACAAAUCUCCAUUUCCCAGCCCAUUUGUGACAUCUUCGACUGUUUGGCUUUGUACAACCAGCACCAACAAACCUUUUUGUUUGGGUUCCUCAUGUCGAAGCACUAGACGACUUCUUGGUUGCUCUGUGGAUUCUCCAGUAACCUUUUUUAUUUUCAUUAAGUAACUGACACAUCAAAAGACUAAUACAUCAUCCACAAAGUGACUUUUAUUCCUAUCACCUGUUAGUUCUGUCUUCAGAAUUUGAAAAACAAACUUGCCUGAUUCCUUUUGUGUCUUUGCGUUUGAUCUUCCAUGAAACUGUCAUCAGCUCAGGCUUGAGACCUUCGACACAAUGCCACAUUGUUCAACUGCCUCACGUCCUUGUGUUUCUCAUGUGCAGAGAGAAGAGCUCAGACUAAGCCUUAAUGUGGUGUACAGCUUGCUGCCCUCUUAUUUCCUCCUAAGAACAGCGGAGUACUUCCUUCCUCUUUUUGUAUUUCCUAGUAGCCCGGUGCCAUCUGUCCCAGACACACCUGCUUUGUUGCUUUGAUGCAGUCCUUCCCUGCUGGUCUCUGCUCACCUCCAGAGUUUACAUUUUUAUGUUGUUCUGUUCAGCCAUCUUUAAAUAUACACUUUAAUCAAA